UCAGAAUAACGAAAGAGACUACACAGACAACUACACAGCCUUUUCUUAACACUGCAACAUCCCGAUCGCGCUUGGAUUAUAACUAUGACUCUGGAAGAGAUUCACGGACAAGAGAACACAAUGGAAAACACUGAUAGGGUGCAAAGUGCAGGCGCAGCCCUGGAGGAGCUGCUGAUCGCUGCUGAGAAGCAGGACUACUUGACAGUUGGAGUUUACGAAUCUGCCAAAGUCAUGAAUGUUGACCCAGACAGCGUGGCGUUCUGCAUUCUCGCCACCGAUGAGGAAUACGAGUGUGACAUUGCUCUUCAGAUCCACUUCACUCUCAUCCAGGCUUUCUGCUUUGACAACGACAUCAACGUGGUGCGUGUCAAUGAUAUCGACCGCCUGGCCGACCUCGUGGGUGCAGAUGAAACCGGCGAGCCCAAGGACGCACACUGCAUUCUUGUCACGAGCCCUAGUGCAAACCCAUGGAAAGACCCUGCUCUGGACAAGCUGAGUGUAUUCUGUGAGGAAAGGCGCAGUGUGUAUGACUGGGUGCCCACUAUCACACUCCCAGAGCGCUGAAGUGACACCCCCCUGAAGUUGCUUCACAUGAUUAUGAUGAUGAUGAAAAGAAAGUCAAGGAGCUGAGCUUCAGCUGGGGGCCUCAUGCCUUUCUGCCUCACAUGUCUGGAUUAAGAGGCUGUGGCUGUAACUCCCCCCUUCUGCAAGAGCACACUCUUCCAGUGCAUCCUGGGUGAGCCCGUUGGUUCUGGAUUACCCUGUGCAAGGGUUCAGACCUCAUGUGUGAACUUGUUCAGGUGUAUGUGGAGUGGACAGAACGCCUGAUGGACACUGAGAAUGGAGCUGGACUGUACUGCAUAGUACAUUAAAGAUGGCAAAUGGUAACCCAGUGACUGCCCUUUAACAGACACUGGCGGGACUAAGCAGAGAAGGUCACAGAGAGCGAUACUGUGCAAGAGAUGGACUUAAGAAAGUGGACUGGACUCGUCAGAGGGGAACAAGUCAGGUGCAGAUCCAGAAGAAGGUGUCUGAAAGUGUCUAAACAAAGGACUUUUCUUUAUGAGUGCAGCUGUCAGGAAGUUCUUGGAAUAAGCAGAAACUGCUUGCAAAUCCUGAUGUAAAGCUGACACUUUUCUUAAUGGACUAUUCAGUUUUCUUUCACAUAUGCAGACAGAGCAAUGCAGUAUUGAUUUGUGUUGUACUGACUUGAAAUGCUUUGUGAAUAAACAUUUGGAAUCAAA